UUUAGAAUGAUGGACCUGAUGUCUUGGCAGGGCACUAAGGGACUCUGAAAUUCUGCCUGGAAACCAAGAGCAGAUUUGCUGUGGGAGCCGACUGCCUUACGGCGUAGCCGUCUCUGCCUUUCACAGGGUAACAGAACGCGGGAAAGAGGCCACAUCUCACCGUUUUCCCUCUAGGCCAACCUGCCCUGCAUCCUUCCUUUUGUCAUCUUUUAGAAGAGACAAGGAGUAGCAGGAGACAGUCUCAACUCUACCCUGAACGGAUGACGGCGGUCGUUGGAAGGAAAGGGCACUUGCAAACCCCGGGCGUUCUCUGGUUUAUGCUGACAUUAGCUCCAUUGCUGAUAACGCGAUCGUCACGGUGCAGAUUGGAUGGGAGUUCAAUCCGGUUUCCUUCCUGCUUUCCAGCUGACAUAAACCAUGAGUGGGGGAGCACGAGUCCACAUUUUUUGGGGUGCUCCAGUGGGUCCCCUGGAAAUGACGGUAUCACAGGACACAACUUCUUUAAUGUCGACCACCACGCCCUGGAAGGAAGCCCGGCUCCUGCGGGAUGAGCAUUCUGGACGCCUGAGGGAUGGAGGUCUCUGGCAUGGGGUCGCUGAGUCCCGUUGGGGCCCCGAAGCUGUCGGCCCGCCGGGUCUUCGUGAGCACUCGUUGUCACGCCGUGUGACUAGUCCUGCUCCCGUGAAGGACGACUUUGCACGUUCUGUUUCUGAAACGCAGGCGACAGUCCCCCAGCAGAGUCACCCCACGGGGCCGAGCCAUGCAGCUGGCUCCACGGAGCAGACGGGCAGAGGUGAGGACGGAGCUGAGCCUGUCGGUGACGAAGGAACGCCCCCAAAGCUGCUCGGUGGACACAGGACAGCGGUGGGUGGGCCGCUCGAGGCUCGGGCAGGUACGUGUGGUCAGAGUUUGCAGACAGGCUCCUUCCCGUCGGGCCUGCCGUGUGCAGGUCUGCUGGAUCUGGUCCGCGGCACUGAGCAGAUUCACGUGGGCUCUGACCCAGUCCCGACCACGCGUGUGCCCGCAGAAAGUCACGCAAUGCAAAGCCAGCAUCCGCAGUUCCUGUCCUCCGACCCAGGAGACUUGCCCGAGGGGGAAGGAGCAGGCGGGCCGGGCUCAGGCCUCCGAGUUUCAGCCCACACGGAAUUUCUCAGUGUGAUGACUGCCAGCCAGGUUGCUUUUUUAGCUCAAAGGAAGGAGAAAGGACAGGCUUCUAUAAAUGAGGGGACCACGAGCGAGGAGGCCGGGCCAGAGGCAAGUCCUGGUGAAGUAACAGCAGUGGGAGCUCACUUGACCCCGCCUGACGGUUUUGCGGAAGGACAUGGCAGUGAUCAAACCCAGGUGUAUUCCCUUGAACUUUUUAGUCCCAUUUGUCCUGAAACAAGAAACUGCCCCAUCCAGGCGCACCCUGGCCACAGCCCCGAAGGAACUGCAGCGUGUCCAGAACCCUUGGGCUCUGACGCCGAGUGGCCCCCAGAGGGGCUGCACAUCAAGCUGUGCAGCGCAGGGGUGCUGUGCUCCCAGCCGGGACCUUCACCCAGGAGUGCUGGCAAAAGAAACCGGGCCCCUGACGAUAACCGGGCCCAUUCUGGAGCUCCAUCUAAGGUUCUGCAAGUAGCUAAGAAGAUGAGGCUGGUGUCUAAGCCGCGAGCCUCUGCCGGAGCACGGAGCCCGGGGGCCGCAUCUGCACUGGAGGGGCUUAGGGAAACCUCGCUCAUCAGAGACUGCGGUUCUGCAGGUCGCAAGUACAAUUGUCUUGUCAUGGUGCUGUCUCCGUGUCACGUGAAGGAAAUACACAUCAGAUCGGGACCAAAUGCUGGCACCAAAGUGCCGUUAGCAACCAUCACGGUGAUCGAUCAGUCGGACAGGAAGAGAAGGGUGUGCCUGUGGAGGGCCGCGGCGUUCUGGGCACUGACCGUGUUUCUCGGUGACAUAGUUCUACUCACAGAUGUCACCGUGCGUGAGGACCAGUGGGUUGGGGAGACGACACUGCAGUCAACACUUACCAGUCAGCUGCUGAAUCUUGGCAACCCUUCGUCCAUCCGACCUGGAGGAUGUUCCCACAUCGUCAGCGAUGCUGUCCUUCAAGACCUACUGGCUUAUGUGUCUUCAAAACAUUCCUAUCUCAGAGAUCUCCCUCCCAGGCGGCCUCCGAGGGCCGGCAGCGUGGAGUUUGCAGAGCUGGAGCGACUUCAGCCUGAUGUGUUAGUCCAUGCCCGUCUGAGAGUCGUCGAGGUCACUGUCCUGACAGAGGCGUCCUACACUUACAGGGGACAGACGCAGAGGAAGGUCCUGGUAACCGUGGAGCAGGCCCAAGGCCAACGUUAUGUGCUGGCACUGUGGGGCCCUGGAGCUGCCUGGUGCCCUCAACUUCAAAGGAGAAAAGAUUACAUUUGGGAAUUUAAGUAUCUUUUCGUUCAGCGCAACUGCAUACUAGAGAGCUUAGAGCUGCAUACCACGCCGUGGUCGUCCUGCGAGUGCCUGUUCGAUGAUGAUACUAGGGCAGUUUCCUUCAAAGAACAUUUUCAGAAAAGUGUAUCCUCCCCUGUGAAGAUUUCAGACUUAGCAACCCACCUGAAGGAUAAGUGUUCAGGAGUGGUUCUGAUUGAAGCCCGGGUUUUAGAGCUGGCGUUUCCUAUCACCGCAGCUCAGAAGCUGGUUCUCAACGCCCGCAGUUCUCUGAAGACCGUCUUCUCCUCCCUUCCCAGUCUCGUAUACACAGGCUGUGCAAAAUGCGGCCUGGAGCUGGAGCUAGACGAGAACAAGAUCUACACGCAGUGUCUGCGCUGCCUGCCGUUCACCGCCACCAAGACGCACUAUAGGCCCGCUGUCAUGACUGUGCACGACGGGAGGCAUGACGUCGGCAUCAGCGUGGGGCCGGAGCUGGUAGAGAAGCUGCUUCUCCACAUCCCCGCAGACCGCCUGCGCAGCGCCAUAGGCAGAAGCACACUCGACUGGGGACAGCCGGGACAUGCAGAUGGGGGUUGUGCUCUGCAUGCGUCAUCGUGUGGAACACGCCCUGCGGGGAAGCACCGUGGCUCCUGGGCCUGGUUCUGGCCGCUAAGCAGCCACACGCGGACCCGGUUUACUACAGUCAAGUGAGUGAGCGUGCGAGGCGCUGUGGGGCGGGCUGACACUGGGAUCAGGGGAAGCUGGUCCCUUUGUCAGGUGACCAGACCUGUCCUCAUCAGCCUCAGACUCCCGAAGAAGUGCAGGGAAGGAUACAGGGCAGCUGCAAAGUAAGACGCCUGAGCUCCCUGCAGUCUCAGCCUCGUUUUUGAAUGAGAGUUGAUAUCAAUUAAGUAACUGAUUCAGGUUCUUUGAUAUAAAAAAUCAAAUGUAUGUGUCUGCAGCUGUGAUUAAAGCGUGGCUUUGGGCAGGUGGAAGAGUACUUUUCUGGGGCAAGCAGUGGGUACAGAGGUUAAGGCAGCUGAAUUCCGCAUGGCCUACCAUGCAGUUCGAGUCCCAGACUGGGUGGCUUGAAAAAUAGGCUGGAUGAGAGCCCCACAUUCCAGGAGUGGAGGAGGGGGAUGUGGUGUAGCCGCCCCCCGGGGGUGAUUUCUCACCUUCUCUCUCAUAAGAACAUGCCAUAUAAUAAAUUGGGGGGAGGGCUUUUUGCUACAGGGUGCCCUUUUUGUCUCAGUCGUAACUGAGGAAAACCUUAGUCCCAGCUGCUUACUGAAUGGCUUUAGGAAGCCGACAGCUACCACGCUGGAGCCGCUGCG